GCAACAGCAACAGCAACAGCAACAAUGCGACUUUUCACUCACUUCAAGACGCUCUCAGAGGCAGUGCACCGCCGUCCAUCACAGAACAAUAAAUCCCGAUCAAGGAAAAACCAAGACCAGCCACUCAGCAACAUCACACACCAGGAAUUCACUAUCCUCACGCCUUCGAAUGGAAAUAUUGCUCGACGGCGGUCCACCAAGAGUGCAACAACGACCACCACAAUACACGAAGAAAAGUGUCCUCUGGUCCAAGCAGAUUAUGUCGACUUGACGCCUGAUGCCUGCCCUCCUACCUCAGCCUUCACAUUCACCAUGAAGGCCCCGAACCAGCAUAAUCCCUACUUUCCUUUGCCCGAUGCCCCCCAAGAAAAGCGAAAGCGAAAGCGAGAGCUCGAUUCCAUCGAUGGUCUCGUCAAGAGGGUCAAAUCCGUCAAAGUCACUGUCAACACCAAAAUGCUCAUCGAUCUAUUCGAUGAGCGUGAAAACGACCUGCGACGAUAUCAGUUGAGGAACCCGGCACUGGAGUCCCAACCGCUCCAAAGCGAUUUGGGAGUCGCCACUUCGGCAGAAGCUAUGCAGCGAUAUAAUGCUGUGAUGCAAUCCCGCAAGGCAUCGCUUGCGUUUGGAACAUUUUGAGCGCAUGAAGAUUUUUUUGAUUUUUCAUCAUAUGGAAAAAGCGAGCGAGCACACAUUUUCUUUACUCAAGCGAUGAGAGACCAGGAUACCCCAAACCAAGACUGAUUAAGCGAAAGAAGCGGAGAUGCCGAGAGAGAGAGAGAGAGAGAGAGAGACUGAGACUGAGACUAUUGUAUCUGGGCAGCUGGAAAUCAUGCCCGACCACGGGACGGCUGCCUGCUGCUGCGUCUGGACAAUGCAAUGAUGUCUUAUUCGUCGUGUCCGGCACAUUUUUUCCUUUGUUCUUCGCAAACGCCACUUCUUAUCCAUUCGCAGCAGUGGUUCCAGAACAUUGACAAUUUGAGCGGUCUUUGUGUUCCAGACAUGCCGUUCUCUUUGAUAGAAACCUAGCAGCUUCAGAGACACAUUCUUUUCUUCUACUUCUCCGCGUGGAAAUCGCGUGGCGGCGAAUGUGAACAGAUAGCGAGAAACAAAUC